AUGGAUAUUAAUAACUUAUGGAAUAAUUUACUUUCUAAAGGUUUAUCUUUAGGAAUACCUUAUGAUACAAUAAAAUUAGCCAAAAAAGUUGCAUAUAAUCUUCUUGCUGAAGAUGAAGAUUGGACUAAAUCCCAACUUGAAGAAAAAAAGAAAACACAUGGUGAAAAUUUUUGGAUAACUAAUAACAGUGAACAUUGUUAUUGUUUUUAUUAUACAAAUACAGCAUUUAGAAAUAUUCAAACAAUAAAUCCUAGUUGGCCAAAAGAUAUUAAUAAAUUGAAAAUAUUUAUAAUUGGAGAAAUAAAUCUUCUUUAUAAAACAUGGUAUUAUUAUAAUAAAUAUCAAAAAUUAGAGAGAGAAAGUAAUGAAGAACAUCAAAAGAUGAGAAAUGAACUUCGUAGUAAAAAGAAAUCAAAAUUUGAAAAAAAUCAAAAUGGUAAUAAAAAAAAUUUUAAAGAAAAAAGUGAUAAACGAAAUCGUAAUAAUAAUUAUAAAGAAGAAAUGGAAUUGUUUAAUCGUCUUCAACAAUAUUCUAGAAAAACAGAUACAAUAACAUUUUUAAAAAAUGCUCAUAAAAAUAGAAUUGAUUGUCUUCUAUCAAAAAUUAUGCAAAUGUUAUCUUAUCUUGUUGGAGUAAUAUCAUUUAUUAAAAUAUAA